AUGGAUGAGAGUUUAUACGAUGAGUUUGGUAACUACAUUGGACCGGAAAUCGAGUCUGAUCGGGAGAGUGAUAGGGAGGAGGAAGAUGAGGAACUUGAGGAAAGAGCUGAUGAUAUGAGGCCCAUGUCUGAUGAUGAGCAUACUCCUGGGAAACCGAAUGGUUGGCUAACAAGUACUGACGAUGUUGAUAUGGACAAUCAAAUCGUCCUCGCUGAGGACAAGAAGUACUACCCAACUGCCGAAGAGGUUUAUGGUGAGGAAGUUGAGACGUUAGUGAUGGAUGAAGAUGAGCAGCCAUUGGAACUACCCAUAAUUAAACCUGUCAAGAAUCUCAAGUUUGAGUUGGGGGUUAAGGACUCAUCAACCUAUGUGUCAACACAGUUCCUUUUGGGUCUUAUGUCAAAUCCAACACUGGUUCGAAAUGUUGCUUUGGUGGGACACUUACAUCAUGGAAAGACACUGUUUAUGGACAUGUUGGUGGAGCAGACACAUCAUAUUUCGACCUUUGAUCAGGAUAGUGAGAAGCAUAUGCGGUACACAGAUACAAGGAUAGAUGAGCAGGAGAGGAAGAUAUCUAUUAAGGCAGUUCCUAUGUCGCUCGUUCUUGAGGAUAGUUGUUCAAAAUCUUACCUUUGCAACAUCAUGGAUACUCCUGGUCAUGUUAACUUUUCAGAUGAAAUGACUGCUGCUCUUAGGCUUGCUGAUGGUGCAGUGUUAAUUGUAGAUGCUGCUGCAGGAGUGAUGGUAAGAUUUAAUUCAGUUUAUUUAUCUGUAUGUCUUGGUUUGUGUGUUGUGAGAACUGUGCCUACUUGUGGAAAUGCUAUUACUAUGAAUUCUUAUUUUGCAUGA